CAUGACCAUAACCAGUCAAGUCUCACUCAUAGUUAAUCCUCUUUGAUGAAAAGCAUUUUGUUAGUAAACUUGUAACCAUUAACAUUAAUAGUUAACCGAUCUUGAAGCAAGCUGUGAAUCGGGUUCAACGAUAACAAAAAAAAUAAUCUUCAAAUUGAAUAUCUUCUAUCACCGCCACAGACAUAAUCAUCAUCACUAAAAUCAUCAAGACUCUCAUCUUUGUCUCUCUCUCUCUAUCAACUUGAAACAAGAAAGUAACUUUCAUUAUUCAAGUGAGUGUUAAUGAUCUUCCCUCAAUUGACCAGACAAUUUUUGUUCAAAGAACGAGUUAUUAAAUUAAUUUUGAGAUGAGUAGUUUAGUUGAAAAUAACAGUGAAAGUGGUAAAACUAACAAAGAAAUAUCACAACAUGCUGAUUGUGAGUCUCCAGAAUCUAAUCCAUUAAAUGAAUCUGUUGCUCUUAAAAAGGAGAUUGGUCUUCUUAAUGGAGUUGCCAUUAUACUUGGUAUCAUUGUUGGAUCAGGAAUAUUUCUUACACCUAAAGGGGUUCUCCAAGAUGCUGGUUCAAUUGGAUUAUCUCUAUUUGUUUGGGUCUCAUGUGGAAUACUUGCCACCAUUGGAGCAACCUGUUACGCCGAAUUAGGAACUUCAGUACCUAAAUCAGGUGGUGAUUAUGCUUACAUUAAAGAAGCAUUCGGACCUUUGCCUGCCUUUUUAUUCCUUUGGGUUGCCAUGUUCAUAAUAAUGCCCGCUGGAAACGCCAUUGCAGCCAUUACAUUUGCCAAUUACUUACUUCAACCCUUAUAUGAUUGCUCUCCACCAGAUAAUGCAGUUCGUCUGAUUGCCGCCUCAGCCAUUUGUUUCCUUACAUUCGUUAAUUGUUAUAACGUUAAAUGGGCAACCCGCGUUCAAGAUGCUUUCACAAUCUCAAAAAUAAUUGCAUUGAUCAUAAUUGUAAUCACUGGAGCUGUACACUUAAUCUCAGGGAAAACACAAAAUUUAUCAAAAAUUUGGGAUAACACAGCAACUGAUCCUGGUAAAAUUGCUGCAUCUUUUUAUUCUGGUUUAUUUUCAUAUGCUGGAUGGAAUUAUCUAAAUUUUGUGACUGAAGAAUUGAAGGAUCCUUUCCGUAAUUUACCUAGAGCAAUCUAUAUAUCGUUACCAUUUGUUACAGUAAUUUAUGUACUCGCCAAUUUGGCAUAUUUUGUUGUCCUCACUCCUGAUGAAGUGCUUGCUACAGACGCCAUAGCAGUUACUUUCGGUGAUAAAACUUUAGGAUAUUUUAAAUGGUCAAUGCCAUUUUUUGUGGCCUUGUCAACUUUUGGUGGUCUCAAUGGGGGCAUUUUUGCUUCAGCCAGGCUGUUCUUUGUCGGUGCUCGUUAUGGCCAUAUGCCAAGUUUUGUUGCAAUGGUUAAUAUACGUUAUUACACUCCAGUUAACUCCUUAAUAUUUUUGGGUUUAUUGACGCUAUUAUAUUUAACAACAACCAAGGUGUAUUCAUUAAUUACUUAUGCAUCCUUCAUUGAAUCACUUUUCACCACUUUGUCUGUUGCUGCUCUUAUUUGGUUGAGAUAUAAGCAACCCGACCUGCAUAGACCAAUUAAGGUAAAUUUGGUCUGGCCGAUUGUUUUCCUGAUUGUUUGUCUAUUCUUAGUGUUACUACCCACUUAUACUAAACCUGUUGAAACGGGUAUCGCAGCUCUAAUAACUUUAAUGGGGGUCCCAGUUUAUAUGGUAACGAUUUAUUGGCAGAAUAAACCAAGAGUUUAUAAAUCUUUCAUUGACUCUGUAACUAAAUUUAUACAAAUUUUAUUCUUAAGUGUGGCCGAAGAAAAAAGCGAUUGAAAACUUUUUUGAUAUUUAAAUUUAAAUUGUUUAUUUACGUUUUUCAUUAAAUACAAUCAAGCAAAUUA